ACGCAAUCUUUCCCGCAGUAACUGCGACUCAACGUCCCCCAUUUCAUCUCCGUCAAUGGCUCGUACGAAGCAAACAGCACGCAAGUCGACCGGCGGCAAGGCUCCUCGGAAGCAGCUGGCCACCAAGGCUGCGAGGAAAACGAUGCCGACAAGCGGUGGAAUUAAGAGGCCCCAUCGUUUCCGUCCUGGAACCGUCGCCCUCCGUGAGAUUCGUAAGUACCAAAAGUCCACGGAACUUUUGAUCCGCAAGCUGCCGUUUCAGAGGCUGGUGCGCGAGAUUGCUCAGGAUUUCAAGCCGGAACUGCGAUUUCAGAGCCAUGCCGUUUUGGCUCUUCAGGAAGCAGCAGAGGCGUAUCUCGUAGGGCUAUUUGAAGAUACUAAUCUCUGCGCCAUUCAUGCCAGGCGCGUCACCAUCAUGCCCAAGGACGUUCAACUUGCUCGUCGUAUUAGAGGCGAGCGUGCAUAGGAAUUUCUUUCUUCAGUCUUAGUUUCUUUUUUUUUUUUUUCUUGUUGGAUUGUUCAUUUUUGUUGGCCUUCCAUUCUUUGCCGUCAAUUCGGGGAAUGAAUUCGAAUGCUGUUCUUCGUUGUUGGUAUAUAGGUUGGCGGUAUUCUUGCGACGAUGAUGACAAUGUGGGAAUACCCGUUAUUUGAUUUUGUCGCCGUAGUUCUAUUUGUGUCUUUUCUGCCAUUCUAGUCCAUCUGUUUUACGAGUUUAGGGUGGAGUGAUGUUUUUAAGGGAUUGAUAGAAAAUUGAUGCUUUGAGGGUAAAUUAUGGGGACAAGGAAUGUAUAGGAAUUCGUAUUAUUCUACGAAAUUGAUAUCUGUUGAAGGGAGGACGGGUAACAAUGUCUUGCAGAAAA